AUGAAGAUUCCCUACCAAGUGAAGGUUUUCAUUGUACCCAAGCCUAGGCUACAGCCAGCCGACCCUGAUUCAGACGCCACACGCGUGGCCAAAUUUGUUUGGUCACCUUCCCUCUUACCUCCCAUCGUGCCAGUGUCUCCAAUGGCUGAUUCCUACUCCUCUGGUGUCUAUUCGAAUGGCGCUCCUAAUGGUUCUAGUCCGUCUUUAGGACCCUCUCUAGCUCACAAUAGUGUCAUCCGCAAAAAACUCAUGGGCUAUGUUGGGUUCGCCAAUCUUCCCAACCAGGUUCACCGAAAGAGCAUUAGGAAAGGCUUUCAGUUCACUACAAUGGUCGUCGGGGAGUCUGGUUUGGGAAAGUCGACGCUCAUCAACACGCUCUUCAAUACCGCCCUUUAUCCGGCCAAGGAAAUUCCUCCUCCAUCUGCAGAGAGGCCCAAGACCGUUGCUAUUGAGAGCAUUGGCGCCGAUAUUGAGGAGAAUGGCGUGCGUCUCCACCUCACAGUUGUAGAUACCCCCGGAUUUGGUGACUACAUCAACAACGAUGAUAGCUGGAAGCCCAUCUUGGAUGACAUUGAAUCCCGCUUCGAUUCGUAUCUGGAGCAAGAGAACCGCGUCAAUCGUUACAAGAUUGUCGAUAACCGUGUACACGCUUGCAUUUACUUCAUCCAGGCUACCGGCCAUUCACUCAAGCAAAUUGAUAUCGAGUUCAUGAAACGACUUCACACGAAAGUCAACUUAAUUCCUGUCAUUGCCAAGGCGGACACCAUGACUGACGACGAGAUUGCCGACUUCAAAGAACGGAUUCUUGCCGACAUUGCGUACCACAACAUCCACAUCUUCCAAGCGCCGACAUACGAGAACGAGGACGAGGAGAGCAUUGCUGAGCAAGAAGAGAUUGCCAGUAAAAUUCCUUUUGCUGUUGUGGGUUCCGACAGUCUCGUCAACACCCCUGACGGACGGCAAGUCAGAGGACGUGCAUAUCCUUGGGGGGUCGUUGAAGUUGACAAUGAAGAGCACUGUGAUUUUGUCAAGUUGAGACAAAUGCUUGUCCGCACAUUCAUGGAAGAGCUCAGGGAAUACACCAACAAUGUCCUUUACGAGAAUUGGCGAACAGAGAAACUGAUUAGUAUGGGUGUCACUCAAGAUUCCAGUGUAUUCAAAGAGGUUAACCCUGCCGCGCGUCUCCAAGAAGAACGUACCAUGCACGAAGCUAAAUUAGCAAAGAUGGAGGCAGAGAUGAAGAUGGUCUUCCAACAAAAAGUUCAGGAGAAGGAGGCUAAACUCAAGCAAUCCGAAGAAGAACUUUACGCACGUCACAAGGAUAUGAAGGAAGCUCUCGAGAAGCAGCGCAUGGAUCUUGAGGAGAAGAAACGGAAGAUUGAGUCCGGUCGACCAAUCACGCCAGAGAAGAACUCGACCAGGAAGCGUUUCCUACGUACUUGA